UCAGUUCUACUUAGGAAUUCAAUACAGCAACACGUACAUUUUCCAAGUCUUGAAUACUACGUACUUUUUCAUAUUAAUACCUUAAAAAAGGGUAAAUAUUUUGACAAAUAUUUUCUAAAAAUGAGUGAAAAGCAGGAGAAGCGGGCCAAACCGAAAGGGAAAAAGCAUGAGGAGCAUCUGCGUCGUCAGCGGAUUUUGUCUCAACUGUCGCGGGCUCCUGGAAAAUGCCCCCUGGGGCGCUGCGAGCAGGUGGUUUUUCCCUCGGGCCUGCUGGUGCACCUGCUCCACAGGCACGGCCACGAGCCGAAUACCACGGUAUGCAUAGUCUACGAUGAUCAGCCACUGCGUCUGAACUUCAAACUGGACGCCCUGGAGCCGGAUGUGCCGCAGUCGCUGGCCAUUUUGCUGUAUGCUGGCACCGAGAAUAAAAGCGAAACUCUUCCCGCUCGCCGUCAUCUGAGCUUCCCCAACAGCGGUCUUCUGAACGACAGGCGUUGCUUUGAGCACCACUUGACCCUGGUGCUGAUGAUCUGCAAGACCGCCUGGUACGCCAUGCUGCCCGACCAGCAGCUGGCCGCCGAGCUGGAGGAGAUCGACAAUCCGGACAACACCAUAUACAUCCUCUGGGUGGCCGCCCCCGUCACCGCCAAUCGUGUGUUCUACACCAUGACCCUCUUCGAUCGCUACUACAUACAAUCGCGCAGCGUCAUUCGAAACACCAGGAACUACAUUGUCUCGCAAAAUCCCAGGGAUUUCCUGGGUCUGGAGUCGGAUUACCUUCUCCUGCGCCAGGAAGAGGCAUUCGAUUUGCUAGGUGGCCCGGAGCACACCAGGCUCGAUGACGACCUGCCGCAGGGCAUUCACUUGGAACUGUUCCUGCAUGAAGAUCUCUCCGCGAAGGCCCCGGAGAGCCGGAUCUCCAAGCAUGUGUUGGACACCUACAAUGGUUCCGGCGCCAAGAUGCCGCGCACCAAGAUGACGCUCGACAGGGAUGCCCAGGGAAAGCUGUCCCUCAACCGGAAGCCCCUCUCGGUGCCCAUGAUAGGAGGACCAAUGGGAACGUUUCCUGAAAUGGUUAACGAUCAUCCCAAGGAGGUCGAGAAGUGUGCGACCAAUCAUCAGGACAAAGAACUGGCCACUAAGGCUUCCAAGGCGAGGACAAAGAAGAGGGGGAAGGCUCGGCCUAAAGAUCUACGAAUUCUCAAAGAGGAACUCAAAAUGAGGCCAGAAGUGACCUCUAGAGAGGGGAAAAGUCGUCAUCUUGAGCAAGAGGAAAGUGACAAGUACCAUGCAAAUCUAGCGGCGAAAUGGUCCAAAUAUGUACUCAUUUCCCAGCUUAGAAAGGCCAAAACAAAGAAGUUGAUGAAAACCAUGGAUAAGUAUAUACGAAUUUGCCAGGAGGCGAACUCCUCUGCAUCCGACCUCGAAGACACUCUCAGAGAACUGGCCAAAAUGAAUCCCGACCAGCAAUUAGCCGUCAAGGGGUCACAGAGAAGUAGAUCCGUUUCGCCGGAGCGACGACGAAGGGCAUCCCACGAAGUGGCACCAGAAGUGCCCACGGGAUCUCGCGUGAAGGCAGGCUCCAGCCAGGGAGUCACCUGGGCUGCCAUAGAAGAGAUCACAGGCAUUCCCAUGAGGGAGCUGCAGCAAACAAUAUUGAACUUGCAAAUUCCGAUCACCAGAGAGGCGAUGGAAACGGUGAAGGAGACGGUGAUUAAGUCGGUGGGGGAGGCGGUCAGGAAGGUGGCCCAGGAGAAGGGGAUCCCUAGGGGAAAUCUGCGCCUGGAAGAGCAGGAGAAACGCAAACCUGAAACGAGAGACAAGGCCAAGACCCAUACGGAAACGGAAGUGACACCAAAAAACCAAGCUAAAAUCCACGGAGUUGAAUGUGUUUCCCUAGUCGACUGCGAUUCAAGCUCCGAAACCUGUGCCCCCUGAUGACCCAUCAUCUGAUUUGCCAAAGGGCGUUUACAAAAAAAAAUCUGAAGUUACUCUCAUGGCCCCAACCAUUUUCGGUUAAUCCUCUCCAAAUUUCAUCCAACGAAGUGUAAUUCUUUCCUCACAAUAAAUGACCCAAAUUCCGGCAGCACA